CUCUCACGCACCGCAUAACCUACCUUCGUUCUCCUUCUCUCGCCGCCUCUCUCUCUGUCUCUCCCUCUCCAGCGAACCCUAGAAUUCUCGUUUGAAUCGUCAAGAAACCCUAAUCAAUAAUGCGAUAUUGGAAUAUCUUAGCUUGACGGAAAAAAGGAUCCCGAUUUCAUGUAAUGGCGACUAGCGUGUCUGCGGUUUAUCUCCACGUCGUUGAUGUUGUUUUUAGUAAGCUGCGCGAAGAGUUCAUCAAUGAAGCUGUCGAGGAUUCUGUUCUCACCGAUCUUAAAGGGUUGUGGGAGUUAAAAAUGAUGCAAUGUGGAGUUAUACAAGGUCCUAUAGAAAGAAAUUCAGCUUCCAGGGGACCUAGUGUUCCAACCCCGGUGCACGAUCUGAAUGUACCAUAUGAAGGGCCAGACGAGUAUAAAACUCCAACUGCUGAGAUGCUCUUUCCAUCGACUCCUUUACAGACACCCAUACAGACGCCUUUGCCUGUAGAAUCUGGUGGAGAUCAAUACAUAAAAUUGCCACUAAUUUGUGGAAUGCAUGUAUUGAAUUCAAUUUGGAUUGUCUGUGGUUUUCAUCUGUUGAAUCAAAUCUUUACAGCAUAUGAGGAAGCAAGGGAGGAGGAUGGAGGAGGAAUAUCUCAACCACAGCCUCCCAUGAAGGUUGUUCCUGUAUUGGAUUUUUUCAUGAUGACUUCUGGUAAACGGAAACGAGAGGAGUACCUUCCACAUUUCCUUCCAAAUGGAUAUAUUCCUCAGCAAGAUGGAUCAGGAGAUGUCUCUUUGGAUUAUUCUUCCCAAGAAAUGGUUACUGUGCCAAAGAACUCAGCAAAUGAACCUCAUUCCGAGACCCCUUAUAACAGAUUAAACAUUCAAGAAAGAAGGAAUGCCGAUGCUAUAAUUGCUUCAAUAAUUGAAAUGAAGCAGGCUUCUGCAUCCAUUCCACAGUGUGAUGGUUAUGAUGAUGUCUAUGAUCAUGGUGUCUGCACUGAAGACUACAAUACACCAUCAUUCUAUGUGGGAACACCGAAGCCAACAAAAACUGAAGCAUUAGAAGAUGAUGAACCUCCUCUAAAUGAAGAUGAUGAUGAUGACGAUGAUGAAUUGGAUGAUCUGGGUCAAGGAGAUGAAGAGUCCAGUAUAAACCAUCUGGUGUUGGCUCAAUUUGAAAAGGUAAGUAGAACAAAGAGCAGAUGGAAAUGUAUUCUCAAGGACGGCAUUAUGCGACUGAACAAUAAGGACAUCCUGUUCUCGAAGGCCAAUGGAGAAUUUGAUUUCUAAGGCUGCUAAGGACAAUUAUGCGGCGACAGUAUGAUGGCUGAAAUUUUUUAUUUUUUUUUCCUGUCACCUGUAUCUCUUGUGAACUCUCGAGUCUCUUGUAUACAAAAAUAUAGUAAAGAGAGUAAAGCAAAAAAAA